UUCAAAUUUCUGUACUGACCAACCAUGCGGGGAAGGAAACAUCUGUAUGGCAAACGCAGUUGGGUAUUCCUGUGUCUGUCAGAGAGUUUCGAGUGGAUCAGCAUGCAAAGAUCUCUACCAUAAUUUCAGUGGAGAGGCUAUUACAUACAUAGACCGUCAGGUUUCCAUGUCAAGUGACAUUGAAUGUACCUUUGAUACUGAUUGGUGCGGGUGGACUCAGAUUCAGUUCGUAGAAAACCUUGAUUGGAAUAUGACCCAUGGAAAUGAGCCCUGGAAUUUCAUUGGUCCAUUCACAGAUCACACGGAGCCGGGAGUGGGUGGUCAUUACAUCUAUGCUGAGGCAUUGGAGGAGGAUACCCAAUACACUGCAGCACUCGCAAGUAGCAAGUUCUGGGGGACUAGGACUGACCAACGGCAGUGCUUCACCUUCUAUUAUUUCAUAUCCAGUGGUGAUAACGUUAACUUUACCGUGUACUUUGUGUCUGAGAACUUGACAAUACCCGAACCAGUCUGGACAUUACCGGGAAAGAUACUUAACAGAUGGCUCAUUGGUGAAUUUAAACUGGGUGCUGCAGGAUGGUUCAUCAUCGAGGCCAUGCUGGAUGGACAUCCCCUAGGAUUCAUCAGCGUCGAUGACAUCCAGUUUACUGAUUGUCUCUUGAACGGUAAUAUUGAAGAAGACAUUACCCUUGUACCUGGUAACGUGGUGUACAUGUCGUCACCAAACUUUCCAAAUGUUUACCCAAAUGAUGUAUCUCAGCUGUGGAACAUCACUGUACCAGAGGGGUAUGGAGCUCGCUUCGAUAUUGACGUCAUCAACAUUGAAGACCCGUUUGAGAGACUUGCUAUCGGCACUGGUCACGAUCCAACCGAUAAAAGCAGCAUCUUGGGAAGCUGGACUGGACAUCAUCUGCUCCAGAAUGUCACCAGGGUAUCUCUUCAGUACUGGGUGUCUUUUAAAAGUGAUCUAACCAUCAGAGAACAGGGCUUCGUCAUAGCAAUUUACCCAGUGAAGUUUGAAGAAUAUUUUAUGACAAUGGAAUGUGGGGAACUCCUGAACAUUACCUCCCCCAACUACCCAAUGACUUAUCCUCACAGUCAACUUCUUCUAUGGCUUCUCACCGCACCUCCUCAACAUGGACUCUACUUCCGUUUUGCAAGGUUUCAAACCGAAUCUCAACGGGACAUGGUGAUUGUUGGAACGGGGGAAUCCCCAUCCCCAGAUGCGGGCAUCCGACUUGCAGUACUCUCUGGAUUUAUUACUCCAAGUGAUAUUGUCUCUGAUGAUAAUAAAGCCUGGAUAAUGUUUAGGCCUGAUUUUGAAUCAACCGAGGCAUCGGGGUUUUUCAUAGAAGUUAGAACUGUUGAAAGACCAGAUUGUAAUGCAAGUAACGCUUUCCAGUGUCCUAAUGGACGAUGUAUCUCGACAGCAGCUCUGUGCGAUAAUUACAAUGACUGUCAGGAUUUCAUCGAUGAGGAAUAUUGUCCCAUGUGUGUGGAUGUUCCUGCAAGCUGUAAUCAGCUGUUGCCGUACAAUAUGACCUAUUUCCCUAACCAGCAUGCUACCAGUGCUGCAGAUGCUGACAACAUUUUGGGAAAGGUGACAAGCAGUUGCCCACAGGAUAGCAACCAUCUCCAACUAGCGUGCAACAUGUUGUUUCCAGAGUGUCCGCAUCAUGGACCUACUCGCCAGCCUUGUAAGUCAUCCUGCAUGGACGAGUUGGAACUAUGUGCAGCAGUCUAUGAGGCCCAGCACGGAGAGGAAUGGCCGCUUAUUUGUGAUUCGUUGCCUGAAACUGAGGAAGAUCUUUUGGGGCGAUGCACUGGACCUAGCGCAGAUAUUCUGCAUACUUCAAUUUGUGGAACAAGACCUGCUUAUAACCCUUACCAGCCUCGUAUUGUGGGCGGAGUCAAUGCACAGGAGGGGGAAUUCCCUUGGAUGGCUUAUCUCUACUCUGAAGAUUAUGGUCAAUACUGUGGAGCAACUCUCAUCUCAUCAGAAUGGAUUGUAACUGCUGCCCACUGUCUCUGGGGUAUAACUGAUCUACUAGACUCAGUCAUCAUGGGAGACCUUCAUCUAUCAAUUAAUUCAGAGCAUCAUCUUGCAAUCGCCCCUGAUGACAUCUUCAUUCAUCCUGAGUACAAUGAUACCACAUUGAAUGCAGACAUUGCUUUGAUUAAGCUUUCUGAGCAUGUAUCUUUCUCCGAGUAUGUUCGACCAGCAUGUCUAUCGCAAACUCUUCAUGAAGAUACAGAUUACACAACAUGCAUCAUUGCUGGUUGGGGUAACACUGAACAUGAUGAGGCAGACAAUCUUCAGAAAGCUUCUGUGAGGUUGAUCGAGGUUGAGCGUUGCAAAGAACUCUACGAGGUGCCUGAUGAUUAUGAUACCGGAUAUCUUGUAUGUGCUGGUUUUGAAAGAGGUGGAAUAGAUACUUGUCAGGGUGAUAGUGGUGGUCCUUUGGUGUGUGAAGGUGCUGAUGGGAGAUGGCACCUGACAGGUGUAACAAGCUUUGGUAACGGGUGUGCUGAUCCAGGCUUUCCAGGAAUCUAUGCAAGGGUUUCAACUUUACUCCCUUUCCUGGAAUCCAUCUUACUUAAAUACUUGGAGACUAUCUCGUUACAAGACCAAGAUGAUGAAGUACAAAUAACAAGCCCAGGCUAUCCCGAGUUGUACGAUGCUAACAUCGAUAAGACGUGGUACAUUGUUGCUCCUCACGGGUACAGCAUUUUAGUUGCAUUUCUCGUCUUCAGAGUGGAGUCGGGCUACGACGUCCUCACUGUUUAUGAAGGAGUGACCAGUGAUGAAGAGGAAAGAGUAGUAUCCUACAGGCUGUCAGGAUACCUUCCACCACCAAGUUUUACAUCAUUUGGCUCUCACGUCUGGUUACAGUUCACCUCUGAUAACACAGUCCAAGAUCAAGGCUUCCUCCUUGUGGUCAGCCUUGUUAAAGGAAUAGACUGCAGUGAUGCUGACAUGUUCAAUUGUUCAAACGGACGAUGUAUCCAUUUAAAUUUUACCUGUAAUGGAUUUAACGAUUGCGUGGAUUUUUCUGAUGAAGAUUUUUGUCCCCCAUGUGAAGAGAUUCCAGAGCCUUGUCGAAGCCUUGUUCGGUAUAGCAAUACUUACUUUCCAAAUGCAUAUUCGGCGAGUGAGCAAGACUCACUGGCAGCACUGCAGCUUUUAACCAAUCAGUCUGGACUUGACCAAUGCCAUGAUGGAUUGAUGGAGCUAGUAUGUAGCGCUUACUUCCCUGAAUGUAUCCACAAUGGACCGACCAGAAGACCUUGUUUGUCAGAAUGUCUUGAUGUUACUAAUGCUUGUGAACCCCUCUAUGAAGAAAUGGUCGGACAGCCAUGGCCAAUCAACUGUACUCACUUUACGGAUUCACAACCGGACAAUGAGGGCUCUUGCUUAGGAGGUCGUGGGGAUUAUUUCAACACAACGAUAUGUGGCACUCGUCCUGCAUAUACCCAAGACCAGUCUCGAAUAGUGGGUGGAACCAACGCUAAGGAAGGGGAAUUCCCCUGGAUGGUCUACCUCUAUGAUUAUGAUCGUGGUCAAGUCUGUGGUGGUACAUUGAUUGCUCCUGAAUGGAUUGUCACGGCUGCACAUUGUGUAGUGGACAUUCCUUACACGGUAGAUCACAUCAUAUUGGGGGACCUGCUUCUCUCCUCUCCAUCGAACCACCAUCUGAACCUUUCCCUUGCUGAAAUCAUUGUCUAUCCCGGAUACAAUAUUGAGACAGCGGAUGGUGAUGUCGCCCUCAUCAGAUUAUCUCAUCCAGUCAGCUUCACAGAUUACCUGAGACCUGCGUGUUUGGCGGAGUCAGCUGAAGAGGUUCAGGAUUAUAAGAGGUGCACUGUCAGUGGAUGGGGUGACACUGAAUCAGACUUUAUUGCAGACGUCUUACAGAAAGCUGUUGUAGGUCUAAUACCUCAGGAGACGUGCGCACGACUGUAUCCUGGUGAAACCACCGAUCUUAUGAUGUGUGCAGGAUAUGAACGUGGUGGAAUUGAUACAUGUCAGGGAGAUAGUGGUGGUCCAUUGGUUUGUGAAGGAGAAGAUGGCCGAUGGCAUCUCGUUGGAGUGACCUCCUGGGGUGAGGGAUGUGCCGAUCCUGGAUAUCCCGGAAUAUAUGCCAGGGUCUCUCGGUUCAUUUCGUUCAUUACUGAGGCUGUGAAACAAAAUGAUGUCGUAUUACCUUCAUCUGAACCAGACUUCAUUCAGAUAAACCUCGGCAUUGGAGAACCUUAUGAGAUAACCUCACCAAAUUAUCCGGAGUUGUACCCAAAUAAUCUACACCGAAUAUGGGAGAUUGUGCCACCAUUGGAUGCGGCCAUACUCAUCCAUUUCAUUGAUUUUGAAUUAGAAGAUCCUUAUGACUUCUUAUACAUAUACAAUGGAGAAACAUAUUCCAAUGAAACACUGGUUGCAAGGAUAACAGAUGUUAAUCGACCAAGAGAUUUGGCUGAGGUGACUUCCAAAAUGUGGAUACGUUUUCAGAGUGACUCCGCUGUCGGUCGACACGGGUUCCGACUCACGCUUACUGCCAUACGAGUUCCUUACAAUGGAUCAUGUGGACUAAGCUGCUGUACCGAUCCAUUAGAAAGCUGUAAUCGUGGUGACUGCUACUGUGAUGUGCAAUGCUUUUCAUCUGGUGAUUGCUGCUGGGACUUCCAAGAAAACUGUCAUGUCCAGGCUACUCCAACUCCAUAUUUCUUUUAUAGUACACUUAGUCCAGGGGACAGGGUUGACCUUGAGUUAGGAGAGACUGCGGUUAUAACAUCACCAAACUACCCUCAAAAUUACCCAAACAACGCAGACAUUUUGUGGAAUAUCCAUGUUCCUUCCAGCUACAGAGUCUUGCUCCAAUUCAUUGCAUUUAAUACAGAGGAUGGAUAUGACUUCCUGUACGUGUAUGCAGGUCGGGACCCUGAAACCAUUCUCACAGGGAGUAGGAAUUUUGAUGACAUUAUAUCAUCAGGUUCUUUCAUGCAGCUGAGGUUUGAAACUGAUGGUAUUGUUGGGCGAUAUGGGUUUAGUCUUCAACUAAGUAUGGUGCACGAAACAGAGCUGGCAAGUUGUAGCAAUGGGGAAGAAAUACCUAUUUCAUUUAUUUGUGAUGACGUGCUGCAUUGUCCAGAUGGAGGGGACGAGUCCAACUGCCCUCCCAUCAUACUAGCCAACGGAGAAAGUGCAACCUUUGUGAUGUCUUCCAACCCCAACUUCGUCCAAGAGUCAUCCCUUGAACGGUCAUUCCUAUCCAACGACUCAAGCCUUGCUUUGGUCGUCAUGGUGGAAUUCAUCCAUCUGUUGCCUGGUGAUGUCAUAGUAAUCAGUACCGUUGAUGCAGAUGAGGAUUUUGUGUGGGCCAUGGAAGGACCACUUUCACAGGAUUACAGUCAGGCCGCUGACAAGGUUUUCACCCACGGGCAUAUCGUUGUCCAGGCAACCACCUUAAAUGGAACCAGGGAUGUUAUGUUACAGGUCACAGCUACUCAUCUACAAGACAUCACAAGCUGUGAAGGUAGUGACAGACUGAUUGUUCCACAGAUGGUAUGCGAUGGCAUUGUUGACUGCUCUGACUUCACUGAUGAACAGGACUGUGGUCCUUUGAAAACCAUUUCGCUUAACCUCGGAGAGAUAGCUACUAUUCAAAGCCCUGGAUAUCCACGCUUUCUUACGACAUCUUUGCCUCUCCGAAUGGUAUGGACAAUACAAGUUGCGUCCCCUUCGCGGAUUGUAGUAAAUGUAUCGAGUUUGGUGACUAAAGCAUCACACAUGCUCAUGGUAGGCUCCGGUCUAGAUGACAGAGAUGAGAGCAGUGUUCUGUUCAAGAUUUCUGGCAUCCCAUUUUAUGAUGAGUAUGGUGUCAGACUUAGGAAAAUAAGUCCCCCAGGAAACUCAAUGUGGAUCAGUAUAGAAAAGCCUUAUACAGAUUCUCCGUCAGAACUAGUUCUGGCUGCAUACAUCGAAGCAGUGACUGAAGAAUCAUUGCAAUGUCCACCAAGUCAACUAUCCUGUGGAGGUAUUUUCCUAGGCUGUUACGAUGAGACAAGCAGCUGUGAUGGAUAUAAUGAUUGCUUUGAUGGUUCAGACGAAGAUUGUGCUUGCCCUGGUAUUCUGGAAGUAAGAUCUGGUCUUACCAACACCUGCUUGCAUCGUAGGAAUUUCUGUGAUGACGUAGUUAAUAGUGGAGAUGAUGAAAGCGAUUGCACCUUUGUAUGUGAUAAUGGUCGCGUUGUCAGUGAACGAUUUGCAUGUGAUGGAUACAAUGACUGUGGAGAUUUUACAGAUGAACCUCCGGAAUGCAUAUGUGCUGCAAAUCAGUUUGAUUGUGGAGAAAGAUGCAUUUCUAUUAAUGACGUUUGUAAUGAAAACGUUGACUGUGCAAACGGUGCCGAUGAAGCAAAUUGCAUAUGCAAGAGCUAUGAGUUCCAGUGUGAUGACGGCCAAUGCAAGCCAUACUGGGAACGUUUAGACGGCAAAGAUGACUGUGAUGACGGUUCAGAUGAAAACCAAGAAAAUUUCAGGGAAUGCCCUGGAUAUUAUUUUCAGUGCAGAGACUUCUCCCAAUGCCUACCAGUGAACUAUGUGUGUAGUGGCUACAGAGAAUGUAAGGAUGGCAGUGACGAGUGGAAUUGUUUCUGGUCUCAAAAUACCACGAUACCACCUUUUAUAGAACCGACCGAAUCACCAAUCCCAACGGGACAGUCUCCACCACUCUCAUUUAUUCCAUUUGAGGAUUGUGGAUUACGGCCAGCUCUUGAGAUCCAUCGGGUCACCCAUGGUGAGGAUGUGACUGGGCUUGGGGAAUGGCCUUGGCAGAUUGCACUCUACACACCAACCGGUCAGUUUUCCUGUGGAGGAAGCAUUAUCACUCCAGAGUGGAUCCUCACUGCGGCUCAUUGCGUAGAAGACCCAGCCGCCACUUACUAUAUCAAGGCUGGUAGCUUGACUUACCCCAGGUUUGAAGGAGGUGGACAACUCCGAGACGUUGGGCAGGUCAUCAAACAUCCUCUAUAUAACCGGGGAACACUGAUAAAUGAUAUCGCUCUCCUCAAGCUCGUUACCCCUCUCAACUUGACUAAUGAGGUGCAGCCUGUAUGUCUUCCUUCAGCAGAUGAAUCUAUACCAAAGCCUGAAGAAUACGUCACAUUCACAGGAUGGGGCAGCUUCACUGAAAGAAACAGUGCCUUGCCUGAUUUGCUCCAGGAGGGACGAAUGCCUGUAGUACCAAACUACUUCUGCGAUCAUUACAUCUCUGUGCUUUCUGUUGAACCAACAAUGUUCUGCACCAUGUACCAUGAAGGCCUCCAGGGAGUAUGCACUGGUGACAGUGGUGGUCCUAUCGUCCAGGAGAUCAAUGGUCGUUGGACACUGGUUGGGAUCUCUAGCUGGGUAGAGAUUUGUGGGACACCAUAUAUACCCAAUGGAUUCACCCGUGUGUCAAGCUUCAUUGACUUCGUACAAUCCAUGAUGACCCAAAACUGAAAUAAUGCAUGUAUAUGUAAGAAACUUCAGUUUGAUAUUUGAACACAUACUUUUAAGAUAGAUUAGAGCUAUGUUUUUGUAGGUGAGCAAACAAUCUUUUCCAGAAGUCUUUAAAAUCAAUUUUAAUUGUAACCAUAUCAUCAUAGCUCUAGUUUUUGUACUUUUGACAUGAUCCUAACUCUCUGAUAUCUUGAAAUCUAAGCUUAAGAAUUAAUGACUACACUAACGAUCACUAGAUGGGACAGUGUACAGGAAUAACACCUUAGUGGCUGGAAAGUUAUGCAUAUUUUGUCAAUUUCUCAUUCUCAGUAAUGAUACUUUUGCACAAGGUGACAUAUCAUUUACUUAUGAUGUAUACAAACACUUGGAUGGUCAUAGGAUUCUGUUUUAACUAAUUUUGGAAUUAUUACUAUG